AUGCCAGGAUUGAUCGAGAGCUCGAACAUGGAGCACAUGUCGCUGCAGGACCGGCGGCAACGCCGACUGGAGCAUCUCGGCACGGAAUGGGGCUUGGACAUGUCGCCGUUACCGUCGCCCCCGGUGCGGCCGGGUCAUCCUCCGUCAGUAGCGACGCAAAAUGACUACGCUUUUGCCGAGGACCUGCUCAGGCAUCAACGGGCGGCAGAACAGGCACAGCAGACCAAGGGGGGCCUUUCACGGGCCUUUACGACCAAGAAGAAGACGUGGGAGUACAAGGAGAUCUAUAGCGCCCUCGUCAAUCAUGUCGCAAAUCGCGGCCCGCCCGGUGUGGCAGAAGCGCUCGUCAAUAUGCUCAGCCAAGUUGGUGGUAACGUGAACCUAGCACAGAAAACUACUCGACCAAGUCUGUUGUCGCGGCGAAAGAGUCUAGACCUUGCAGAACGCAGCCAAGUCCUACAAAAGGCGGUGGCAAAUCGCCACAAAGAAAUGGUCCAAGUCUUAUUACCAUUUGCUGAUGCUCUCAGCCUGGACACGGCCUUGCCCAUUGCGAUGCGUAACCAAGAUUUCGAAAUUGUUGAGAUGCUGAUUCAGUACGGCGCAAAUGCCGCUCACACAGCCGAAGGACAGGAUGCAUUUCGGGCUGCGUGCGGCACUGGAAAUCAGGCGGAAAUGAUUGCCAUGAUAUUAUCAUCUGACGGACGGCCGGACGAAACGUGGAUCUCUCAGUCCAUGGUUGAAGCCGCCAGGGCUGGAUGCUUAGACACAGUCCUAGCCUUGAGCCAGUCUACUGCCGAUGGUAAUUACGAUGCGGCAGCGGCAUUGAAAGCCGCAGUAUCUCUGGGACGACGCGAUAUAGCUUUGGCUUUGAUACUCGGCUGCAAACCGCCUGGACAGAUUGGACUUAACGAAGCCUUUGACCAGCUCAUGGCUCACCAAAAUAUCACCCCAAACGAGAAACUCGCUAUGGUCGAGGUCUUACUUUGUGCUGGUGCAGGAGGUGAUCCGGUCGCUCGGGCUUUAGUACAGGCAAGUGCUACCGAUUUCAUCGAGAUGGUGCACAUGCUCGUGUCGUAUGGUGCAUCGAUUGAUCACCAAGAUGCCCGGGCUCUGCGGAAAGCGGUAUCUGCCGGCAGAGUCGACCUUGUCGACAUAAUGCUGAGUGGAGAUACACAGCUGAGCCCGAUACACGCGUCUGAAGCUGUGAGUCUCAUGCCACAGCAGAUCAGAUUCGAAGACAGAUAUGCUCUCUUGAAAUUGUUAUUACAAAAAGGCGCGGCCGGCUUACCGCUGGACGAGGCUUUGAUAAAUGUGACUGAAUUAGGAGAUGUCGAAGCUGCAAAAUUACUGCUGACGCCCAUUUUCCCCGGAGGCAAAAUUGUUGGCAACAAAGAUCUCAAGAGAGGCCCCCGAAGUAUGGUCUUUGAGGGACAUGCUGUCGCUUCCACGGAUCAUAAGGGGGGCUUGGCUCUACAGCUCGCCGUCAAGAACCGCAUCAUUCCAAUUGCCAAGCUGAUACUCACCGCCGAGAAAAGGCCGUCAAACGAAGCCAUGGCGGAAGUGUAUCCGAGUGUACGAACUCUACCACGACUCGAACGAUAUCAAAUGACUGAAGCGUUUCUUGCUGCUGGGCUGUCGGGUCCUUGUGUGCAUUCUGCACUCCAGAACGCCAUCGACGAAACACCACCACACCGCGACGAGAGGCUCAUUGCGCUGCUGUUGCGCUCAAAUGCGGAUGUGAACUUCAACGAGGGUGCCGGUAUCACAGCUGCAAUUGCACAGAAAGACGUCAGUCUUCUGCAUAGGUUGUUGAAGAGUAAUCCAACACCUCAAAUCGCAGCAAAGGCAUUGCCCAGAGCCAUGGAGGUACAAGAUCCGGUUAAAAGGGGCCAAAUGGUCGGCAUGCUCAUUGACGCCGGGGCAUCGCAAGGUGGACCAGAAAUCUCAACGGCACUGGCAACUCUGCUCCAAUCGACGUCCGUAGACAAGAAUCUUGUGGUGACAUUAAUGCAGCGAGGUCGGGCAGAUAUUAACGCCAACAACGGCAGCGCACUCGUGUAUGCCGUUCAAAGCACCGAUCCAGAAUUGCUCCAAAUGGUGCUCGACCUUAGUCAACCAACACAAGAAACGCUACAUAUUGCCAUGAUCGCCCUCGGCCGAUUCGCCUCGAUUCCAACAAAGGCCGAAAAACUCGACAUGUUGUUAAAGAGAGUGUCAUCAAAGGAUUCACUGAGCCAGUUGCUAAUAGACGAAGUACAAAGUGUUCUCAGAACACCACCUUCCCAGAGAGUCCUUUCUGUGCUGAAAACGCUGCUGGCAAAUGGCGCCAACGUCAAUGCAAAGGACGGCGAAGCAUUGCAGAGGGCAGUCGGCGCGGCGAACGGGCCCAUGGUAGACCUCCUUUUCUCAGCAAAACCUAACCCGCGCGCCCUUGCCUGGGCUAUGCCUCAUGCCCUGCGUAUCAAGGAUGCUAUGGACCGGAUAGCCUUCGCACAAAAGAUUAUUCAGGGAGGCAUUGCAUCAAGCGAAGUUAAUAGAGCGCUGAUGUUUGCCGUCCAAACGUAUCCUGAUGAUAUCCCUCUGAUCAACCUAUUGCUAUCUCAUGCUGAUGCCAAGGAUGGUGUUGCCCUCAUCAAAGCCAUUGAGAUGGAGAAGCAGGAUAUUGUGGAUCUUAUCCUCAACAAGAAAAAGAGAAGCUUCUCGGUCGACAUCCUAAACAAAGCAUUUACACAUGCCACAAAAGCUCGGGACCAAAGAGCGCGCAGCAUGUCCGCGAGCAGCUUGCUGCAGGCCGGUGCUUCUGGCGAGGUGGUUUCUGACGCACUGUUAGCUGCAGCCACUGAUGGCGAUCUCGACUUUGGCACGAUUCUUGUUCGUAACGGUGGAAGUGUCGAACACAAAGAUGGCCAAGCCAUAAUCGAGGCCUGCCGUUCAGGAUCUGCGGAUGUGUUAGGCAUGCUUUUAUCAGGUGACGUGAAUAUUAGCCAGCAGACCUUGCAAAAGGGCUUUCAAGCUGCCACAGAAAUAUCAGAUCUUGCAGUCAGAGCUGCCAUCUUGAAGCUCCUGUUACAGCACGGAGUGACUGGCGAUGUUGUUGACAUGCAGUUGGUAUCAGCAGAAAGAUUCGGCGACAACGGAUCGAAUCUGGUUCGACUUCUUCUCGUCUAUGGAGCGAGUCCCGACUACAACGAAGGCGAAGCCAUCGUGAAGGCCACAAAGAGCGCCUUUCUAGACAACUUGAAGAUGCUGUUAUGUAUCGAAGAGGUUGGUGGAAAGCAAAAGAAGCCUUCGUCGCACACACUACUGCGCGCAAUGGAUGCAUGCUGGAGUCUUAGUAGGGAUACGCGGUUCCUUGUGCUCGAAUGGAUAUUCCAGGCAGGAAAGCCUGUUCCCAAUGCUGUCCACCUGGCUUUAACCAAAGCUGUCAAUGAAGAGAACCCCGAAGAAAGAAUCAUUCAAUUAUUGGUCGCCAACAGAGCUUCACCGACUGCAAAUGGUUGUCAGACGUUGAUUGAUGCCACACGGACGUUGUCAGCGUCUCAAUUCUCCCAACUUUUAGAAUCAAAGAUUACCCCCGAGGAGGCCUCACUUGCUUUUGGCAAGGCAUUUGUACCUGCCCAUGCUCAAUCCUGGUUAUCCGACAGGGGCCUCGAGAUUGCUCGUUGUCUAUUGAGAAAGGGUGCAUCCGGAGACGCAGUGGGAUCUGCGCUUGUCGCAGUCCUCGGCGCACAUGCGGAAAGCCCUGGAGAUAUUGCCGACAACUUUGUCGAACUGUUGCUCAAGUAUGAUGCAGAUAUCAACUACAAUCAUGGUGAAGGUCUACGUAACGUGGCCUCACAAGGAAAUCCUGUCCUUUUGAGAAGGCUGCUGCAAGAGAAGCCGAAUUCCGAGUCAUUGACUCUUGCGUUUCCUCAAGUCUUUGAUGCUCACGCUAGAGAAGAUGAAGUGCUAGAGCUCGUUGAAUUAUUCGUUGAGUACCAUGAUGACGGCAACCAGAUAGACACCAUGUUUGCCGAUCCUGAGUCUGAGCCGGUGAUUAUCCGGGCCUUGUCACAGUUCCCUAGGUCGACGAAGCUGUUGCAGGCUUUACUUGAUAUUGGCUACUACCACGAUCAGAUGACCAGUGCCAGAGUCUUGCCUGAGAUAGAUGAGGAAGAGCAGGUCAAUCUGAUCACUUGGACGCUACUGCAGCCACAGAAGAAAAUUAGCACUGGCGUUAUUGAAAUGCUCAUUGAUCGAGGGGCAAAAGUCAACUACGAGACGCGACUGAGCCGAAUCAGUCCCUUGAUGCUAGCAAUCCAGACACGACGACCGGACCUAGUCAAAUCACUCCUGCUUGCUGGUGCAGAGGUUGAUGUUUGCGACGCCAUGGGAAGAUCGCCGCUAUCAAUGGCCUCGGCAAUAGGUGGAGACCUUGCCAUUUCCAUGAUGUCCAACCUUCUUGCGGCUGGUGCGUCUAGAAAUGACGGCUCGCUACAUAAUGCUGCGAGGGAACUCAACUUGCAGGCGAUGCAGAUAUUGAUGGAAUACAAGCACGACCCCGACUUUCCAAGCCCAAGCCCAGAGCACAAUGGACGUAGUGCCUUGGGCGAGUUGUGCCUCCACGCUGCCGACUCGGGCGAGAUUACAGCUAUGCGCGAGAAAGCCAUGGAGAAGUGCAUAAAUUUUCUUCUCCAAGAGUCCGACAUCACCAUACAGUCUGAAGGAAAAUCAGUGCUUCUUCUUGCCUUGGAAUCGAAAGACCCGAUAACGACAACCAAGGUCCUUCUCCGCGCAGACAUGUGGAAAUUCAUCAACAAGCCCUUCAAUCAGUUCACUGAUGGCAAGUACACGUACUCGCCUACGCAAUACGUCUCUCGCGUGCUGCCUCAGACUGAUGCCACGCCGGAGCUGUUGAAGUUAUUGAAGGCGAACCGAGGGGCCGAUGUCUAUUACGCCACCUCUGGUGACCAACCAGAAGACGCAGUUGGAAUGCCAGUGUUUCUACAAGAUCAAGAGGCAGAACGACAGGCCCGCCUUCAGCGUCAGCGCCGUGAAGAUGAAGAGCACCUCCUUGCAAUCAAUCGUUCCAAGGAGCUUGCAGCUGUACAAGCUCAAAUUUGGGCCAAUCAAGCCGAGCUCGAGGACGCUAGAAGAAAACGAUCGCAUCAGUCGGACCUGUCUGCGAUACAAGACAAGGCACGCCUUGAGGAUGAACUGUUUGCACGAACACUUGCUCAGCAGAGAGCGAAACAGAGCGCCGAAGUGUCACACCAGCAGGCGUUGACCGAAGCAUCGCGCCGCCGGGUGCAGGAGCUUGGUGACGCAGAGCUGGCCCACGAGACACAAAAACAGCAGAGGAUGUUGGAGUGGGAGAGAGAUUUGGGUAACGAGAGGGUCGGCAAUGCGAACCAGCUCAGUAGUAUCAGAUUGAGAGAACGAGAGGAGACUGAAAGGAUGGACUUUGCUGCCGACGAACGGUUCCAAAAGAGGAUCAAGGAACAGAAGAGGCUGGUCGACAGUCAGAGCCACCUUGCUGCAAGUCUAGGUGGAGGCCCGAACGCCAGAAGACAAAUACCAGGGCCGUCUGGAUACAUUACAGGGGAGGUCCAGUGA